AUGGCAUCAGCAGCAGUUCAACAACCCGGCGGUCACUCGACCUCGUUCGAACCUUUGACGGCACAACUGAAGAGUACUUCGGUGCCUCAACAGGAGAAACACCAUGUCCAUACCCAGUUGAACUAUCACAAGGAUUCUGAGGAUGGAAGCCCACCGCCUCCAACUUAUGUUGGCAAGCCAGAGACGUACGAAAGACCAAUCCAACCAGUCGACGUUACGGUACAUGACAUUCGAGGCGAGGAAAGCAACUAUACGCUUGACAAGAGUGGCUUUGAGAUUUACCGUCACACGAGUGUCGAAAAGGACUUUCUUGAUGAUGACCAGAUCAAGGCACAAUACUACCCGGAGGUCGAACAGUUGUUGAAGGAUGCCACUGGGGCCUCUCGUGUUUUGAUCUUUGACCACACGAUCCGUCGAGCCUAUCAGGACGAACGAGGAAAUCCCACUACACCUCCUCUUCGCGGGCCCGUGAACCGCGUCCACAUCGAUCAGAGCUACAGCGCCGCCAAGUCGCGGGUUCCAUUCCACCUCCCCGACGAGGCCGAAGCCUUGCUCAAGACCCGCUACCAGAUCAUCAACGUCUGGCGACCGAUCAAGACCAUCCUCAAGGACCCCCUCGCCGUCGCUGAGGCCCACUCGGUGCCAGACUCGGACCUGAUCGGCGUCGGUCUCAUCUACCACAACCGCAAGGGCGAGACCUACACGGUGCGACCCAACCCGGAGCACAAGUGGCACUACCUGUACGGCCAGACACCGGAGGAGGUGCUCUUGAUCAAGUGCUUCGACUCAAAGUUGGACGGACGAGCCAGGAGAGUGCCACACACUGCGUUUGUGAACCCGGAGACGGUCAAUGAAUACCCACGAGAGUCGAUCGAGGUGCGAUGUUUGGUCUUCCAUGAGGAUCAGACCGCUGAAUAA